GGGUGGUUUUUAGUGCUGAAAUUAAGAAUUUGUUUAUAUAUUUAUGUAGGUAGAAAAAAAAAAGAAAAUAUGGUAGGUUGAGUUGGUGCCAUGAUUGGCGUUUCUACAACACAAAAUAAAGGAAGAUGUCAACAAAGAUGAAGGGCCUCUUUAAAGGGCUUAGAUACAUUUCUCAAAUAUUUGAUGAUGAGAACGAAAAGGAAGAAGACAUGCAGAUUGGGCUUCCCACAGAUGUAAAGCAUGUUUCUCAUGUGGGGUAUGAUGAAUCUAAUUCUGCUGAUUCCAAACCCAAUAAAGACAAUGCUGAUGUCUCAGAAGAUUCAAAGAGAUCACACAAGGGAAAGAAAUCCCAAGGAAAGGAGCAAGGUACAAAACCGUCGCGGCGCCGAUCAACAGAAAACAAUCCACUCGACGCCAUCAAGAAAACGCGUCGGAAGAAGUCCGAAGCGAACGAACACAAGAGCUCCAAAAACAAAUCCGCCGGCGGAGAUGCGGCGGAGACGCAGUUGAGUGAAGACUAA